GGGCUGCGGCCCAGCUGAGGCAGCGCGACCUCUGCGGGAUUCUGUCAAUCUUUAAGGACAAAUGUACCUUAUAGCUCAUGGAAGAAAAAACUCAUAUCAAGACAUUUUUGGGUUCGAAGUUGCCAAAGUAUGGAACAAAAUCCGGAAGAAGUACACUGCAACCAAUGCCAAAUGGGACACCUGCCACCUUCUUAGACAUUUCCAAGAGUAGCAAUGUAAAAAGUUUCAUCAAAAACAAUGGCUCAGAUUGUGCGUUGUCUCGUUCAUUUAAUUGGAGAAAGGCAAAUAGAUACCAACUCAGUGAACAAAGUGCUGGAGAGCCUGAUACUCAGAAUUCACUUGAUAAAUUAAUUGAUUCUGAAAAACAUGCGCCUACCCAAGGAGUGUUUGAUAAAAGUAGGAUAAGAGGAAAUUUGAAAAGUAUUUCUGUCCUCACAUCCAAGGUAGCAAAGCCAUCCACUAUGUUUGUAUCAUCUACAGAGGAGUUAAAUGAGAAGUCUUUGUCUGGACCAUCAAAUUUGGGUAAAUUCACCAAAGGGACAUUAUUAGGAAGAACUUCCUAUUCUUCAGUCAGUGCUCCCAAAUCACAGUUGAAUGGAUUUUAUGGAACUCGAUCAGCUGGUAGCAUGCAAAGACCUAGGGCAAACUCCUAUGUUACUAGAAGCAGUUCUGGAGAAAGCUUAGCACAGUCCCCAGACAACAGUAAAUCUAUUGCUUGUGAAAAAAUGGUAAGGUCACAAAGUUUUUCACAUUCCAUUCAGAAUUCAUUCCUUCCACCAUCAUCUAUCACCAGAUCACAUUCCUUCAACAGAACUGUAGAUCUUACUAAGCCUUAUCAGAACCAACACCUACACAUUAGAGUGCCUCUACAGUCAAGCAUGCUAACAAGAAAUUCCCGACAAUCGGAAGUACUCAAUGGGAACGAACAUUUAAGGUAUGGAUAUAACAGGCCAUAUCCUGCUAGUGGAAAGAAGUUGACUCUAUCAAAUGGCUCUGGUAUAACUUCCACUUUGGGUUAUAGGAUGGUUCAUCCUUCCUUACUGAAAUCCAAUAGACCUGCAUUUUCUGGGAGUAUCACAGUUGAUGGUAAUAAAAACACACCUGUUAACACGUGUGUAGAGGAAUGUGCUACAGAUUUGGCUAAUGAGAAAGCUACAAGGAAGGACCAAGAACUAAUUGAAAAUGAUAGUUACCGAACAGAAAAUGACCAGACCAUGAAGAAUGAUGCCAAAAUUAGAUAUCUGAGUGAUGAUGUGGAUGACAUUUCCUUGUCUUCUUUAUCAUCUUCUGAUAAGAAUGAUUUAAGUGAAGAUUUUAGUGAUGAUUUUAUAGAUAUUGAAGACUCUAACAGAACUCAAGUAACUCCAGAGGAAGUUUCUCUCAAAGAAGAAAAGCAUGAACAGAUACCUCCAAAGGAUAUAUUGGAUUCCCCCACGGAAAAUGAGAAAUCUUUCAGUAAAACCGAUGAAUGGAUAGAUAUAAACGUAUCUGACACGAGUGAAUGUACAAAGCACACUGCUGGGAAUAACUUGAUUUCACCAGACACAGAUUACAGAGCUGGUUCUUCCUUUGAACUCUCCCCAUCUGAUAGCUCUGAUGGAACAUACAUGUGGGAUGAAGAAGGCUUGGAGCCCAUUGGAAAUGUGCAUCCUGUUGGAAGCUAUGAGUCCUCUGAGAUGAACAGUAUAGAUAUUCUGAAUAAUCUUGAAUCAUGUGACCUUGAGGAUGAUGACCUUAUGCUUGAUGUGGAUCUUCCUGAAGACACACCUAUUGAAAAUGUGGAGUGUGACAAUAUGAACCGUUUUGACCGAUCAGAAAGAAAUGCUCGGCAGUCUCAGGAAGGAUUUUGGAAAAGGCCACUUCAGAGGUGGAGUGGACAGGAACACUACCACCUCAGUCAUCCUGACCACUAUCAUCACCAUGGAAAAAGUGACUUGAGCAGAGGCUCCCCUUAUCGAGAAUCUCCUUUGGGCCAUUUUGAAAGCUAUGGGGGUACCCCCUUUUUCCAAGCUCAGAAGAUGUUUGUAGAUAUACCAGAAAAUACUGUGAUAUUGGAUGAAAUUACCCUCCGGCACAUGGUCCAAGAUUGCACUGCAGUAAAAACUCAGUUACUGAAACUGAAACGUUUGUUGCAUCAGCAUGAUGGAAGUGGUUCAUUACAUGAUAUUCAACUAUCAUUGCCAUCUAGUCCGGAACCAGAAGAUAGUGAUCAGAUAUGUAAGAAUGAAGAUUUAUUAAAUGAAAUAAAGCAACUUAAAGAGGAAAUAAAGAAAAGAGAUGAAAAAAUCCAACAAUUAGAACAUCAACUUGCAACUCGGUGUAACUGCCAACAAAAAUCUAAAGAGGAAAAAUGCAUAUAUGCUGAUAAAUAUACCCAAACACCCUGGAGAAGAAUUUCUCCUCAAGUACUACAGCCUUCCAACAGCCUUCCCAGAUCCACAGACCACCACGCCCAGGGAAAACUAAUAAAACCACAGCGUACCGAGGCCCACAGUGAAUGCACUCCCCGGGGCACACAUCAGAGAGUUGCACAUCUGGACAAAAGCUUCACACGUGGCUUGCAACAAGAAAGCAAGUGUGGUCUGGUUGACCUGCCUUUGUCGCCAAGCCCACAGCUGACUAAGGACAUGGAGAAUAGUGUACCUUCUGAAGCAAACUUGAACAUAACCGCAAAUGCUCCAGAGCCUUAUCAUUUGGCAAAUAAUAACAGUAGUGACAUACAAUGUAUACCCACUUCUCUGCAAACACCUUCUCAAUCAAGUACAGCAGACCAGGUUAAAAGAGUUGUAAGAAAUCAGUCUUCACCAGUGGGCCAUGCAUCAGAGCCCAAGGCCUUGCAAAUUCCAAAGCCUCCCAGCUUGAAUUCUUUGGUAUCGCCUCCAGUCUCUGAAUCUUCCCUAAGUAAGACUGACACUUGUAAGAAAUCACCCCUAAUCACACCCUGUAAUUCAUCAAAACUUCAGCCAACAUCUAGUCAGACAAAUCUUACAAAUAAUCCUAAAUUGAAAGUGUCUAAACUCCGACCCCCUUCCAGCUCGUUCAAACAAAAACAAAUAAGCAACCCCCGACUGGAGCCUCCAACUGUCCAGUCCAAGACAAGCAUCCCAAGACCAUUAACACGAAGAAAAGAGGUCGUGCAGACUAUGAAUGGUAGUUUUCAUUCUGGGGAUUGUUUGGCCACCAAUCGAUGCUCUCGUCUUCCGAAACCAAAGAUACAUUAAAUACAUAGCCAUCUCCUGCCACUUUGCUUUUGUAAAACAAACUCAUCUGUCCUGUAAUAUCUUUUCGUGCAUUUUGCUACCACGGUGGAGAUUCCAUUGAAAGCCUGCAAAUCUUAAAUAUUAAAACGUAUUAAAGUGGGGAAUGUUCUAGUUUGGCUCUUAUAUUUUAUAUCCAGGUUGAAGUACAUACUGUUUGAAUAUACUUGUCUCAGGUAAACGCAUAUGUUUGCUUACCCAGCUAAGCAGCCUCUCAAAGGCUCUAAUCAUGUUAUCCUCCCUCUGCCUAUCAUAAAAUAUAUAGUACUCAACUAUCAGGCAAGAAAUAUGCUUAGCUAAUUCAGCCCUUUUAAGGUUGGUAGAGUGUCACCCUGGUAGCACAGUGGUUAAAACACCCUGUUGUGAACCACAAGGUCAGUGGUUCACACUUGCUAGCUACUCCUCAGGAGAAAGAUGUGGCAGUCUGCUUCUGUAAAACGUGCAGCCUGGGACCCCCUCUCGAACAGUCCUACUCUGUUCUACAGAGUUGCUUUUGUUGUAUGUAGGGUCUGUCUGAAUUGUGGCUAUGAGAAACUGUUUUCACUUGCCACUCCUGUGAAUAAGGUUACUCUUUUACCUAACAUGUUGGUGAUGACGGAAGAUGUCUGACCAGUAUUUUGUAUGACUCAGCGGUCUAUGCAAAAUCUCGGUGAAGAGUAAAGGAGAUCAGGUCGAUUUUCCUUUCCCCUGCUAGGAUCAGCAAGAUAGUGUUACUAUUCACUCAUUUACCUGAAAAAUCUCCUAGGCUGAAAUGUUUCAUAUUAUAUAUGAAUUGAUUAAAUGUUGCUUUAGCGUCUCCAUAUAGCUACUCCACCCCACACACCAUUUGUUGUUUGUAUUUGCUUCUGGGUAAAUUUUGGAAAGAAAGCAUAAGAUGUAUCUUAUACCUAUACCUAGGGGGGUAUUUGUUUCUGAAAUAUGUUGGUGCUAGAGUUUACACGAAACUCUAGGCUUAUGGAUCCAUGAUAGCUGUUUUAAGAUUUGACAGCAUCUAUUUUAAAUUAAGUGUUUAUUGUACUAUUUGUAUUUAUUGACUUUCUGCUAAUGUCUGAAGACUAAUAAUGGACUUGAAAUGUUUGCACAGAAGUAUGAUGGACACAUAGGGAUUUAAGACUAUUUUGUAUUACAAAACCAGUUAAAAUAUUUUGGGAAAAUUUAUAAAUUGUAAGUAAGACUACCUUGGGAAAAUCUGGACUUGGUAAUAGUUUUAUUUUUCCUGAGUUUUCCAGGUUUCCCUUUUAUGUUGUAGGAUGUUUGACAAUUUCUUGAAAAGUAGGCAGGAUUUAGUAAGAGUAGUAGAAGUGCGAAGGAUAAAUUAUGUACUAUUAAAAGGUAUUAAAAAGUGUUUCAAAGGCAAUAUGCUUAUUUAUUUUGCUGUGCUACAGAAAGUAGCUGGGGGUGGGGGAGUGGGUACGGGGACUCCAAGGGACCACAAAGUGCAUGAUGCUAAUCAAGGUGCUGGCUACUUGUCAGGCCAGACCAGGCCGUUUGCCUCCUCUUCCCUGAUCAUGUCAUUUUUAGAUUGUUCACCUAUGGCUGCUUUAAAUGGAAUAAAUAUAUAUAUUUCAAACAGAUAACCUUUCUAAGGCCAAUUUUUGUCUUGAUAAGCUGAUCAAAAUGAAUCAAGAGGAACGAUGGUUAAAGAGACAGUCACUCGUUUGCUACGGAUUUUAUUUAAAAGUGUAUUGGUGAGAUGGUCUGCCCCUUUUUUUUACGAGAGUAUCAAAAGGAAAUGCUUUAACAGAAAUUCUGAAAGUGGCAUUUGCUGCCAUUUUGACACAAGUUUCCCUUAACCUAUGAACAAUUCAAGUGAAUUCAUCUUUGCUGAAUAGAGCAACUGAAAUCGAGUCUUCUUCUCGCUUGACGGCACUUCUGCAGAGAAUCAUCGAACUUUGGUGAGUUCUCACCCGGUUCGGACACUGGUAGCACAGAGUGAUCAGGCAUGUCGGCAAAGCCCCGUGGUUCCUGGAAACUGAUUGUGAGCAUGGCCGGUCCAGUUGGCGUUUGCAGGUGGACUUGAGGGUUUUUUAAAAAAACAAAGACUGGUCUCUGACAUUGCAAAUGGGAUGCUAUCUUCCGUAUUUUUCUAAGGUAAAGAAGAAACGUGAAAUUAGUGGGUUCUUGGUUUGUUUGGAAUUUGGUAGAGACUUAGGGAAUAUGCGCACAUCGCCCUUCAUCUUUAGGGGGAAAGUUUUCUACUCUUAAUUUAUUUUUAACCUCUGAAUCUGAGUGAAGUCUCUUCACAUUCUACUUUAUAAGAUGUAGACUCCAGGAAUUUGUUUAUUCUAUUUUUGUCCUCUUUUUUUCUCUCUCUCCCGGAUGAAUUUUCAGAUAUAUCAACUUAUCCGUUCAACCUGACUGAGCCAUAAUCAUGAAAGAGGAGAGGCUCAUUUAACUUACUUAUAAAGCAUAAUGAAUUGAGGAGAAAAAAAUUAUGUCAGAUGCUUGCACAAAACAACUUAAGUUUUGCCUGCAGUUCUCUUGAAAAAACUGCAGGCAUUUUCUCGUCUGCUCCUUAGUGAGUACAUGUUCAGUCAGAUCUGGAAGUGGGGGCUAUGACUGGAGGUCACCUCAAAUCUGCUAGAUGGGUUUAUGGCUUCUGUAAGUCAUCUCCUCCACAGUCCUUGUGAUUGGAUGAAGACGGUUACAGUACAUACAUUUAAAUUCCUGAAGAUGAAGUUUUGUAGUGUAUCUUUCCAAUUUAAUCAGAAAUGAUAGUCAUAAUAUAUAAUAAAAUGCAAAAUGCCAAUGCAACAGUAUGUCAGUAAUCCAAUAUGGUUGCUUAAAGUUCACAUUUGUGAAAGAAAAUUGAAUGCAGAAUUCUCUAGUUGGCUAGUAAUAAGAUAACUCAUUAGUUCUUUAAAGAAAGAAAGCUUGGCCAAAGGAAUUCAUCAGUACAGGUGGGGACGAUUUUAAGGCAUUAAGUAAAAGAUGUAGUUGUUUAGGUAUUUUCUAAUAACUGACACUAGCAUUUUUCUGUUGGGGUCUCCUUGUCAUUUGUGCAAUAUUUCCUGGUGUAUUGACUACUGUUCAUUGUAUUUAUUAUAGAUACUAAGGACCUUACUAAGUAGUUUAACAAAUUAAAUUUAAAUAUGAAACAGAAUACCAGAUUUGCACUUUAAAUGCGCUUUCUUGCUUGGAGCUGUGCCUGAAGUAUCAAAAUGCCUCCCAAUGGGUCCGGCGUCAUUUGUGGAAAUGCAUUUCUCUGUCAUUGUUGCUGUUUGAACAUAAUCAGUACAGCCUUCCACAGAACUACAUCCCCGGCAUGUCACUUUUCCCGUUAAAGCACUUAAGUUUUCUUUGAAUAUUCCAUUGUCUCCAUAAGUAUCUUACUCCGUGUAUCAAAGAAAAUGUGAUCCGCGCUUCUGUCUGAAUGUUCUGGUGGCAUAGUUGGUGGUGUAGACACAAGCUGCACUCGGAUUUCUGCAGCCGUCAUAAUGGUUUCCUGGUCUCUCGUGGCCUGGGGCUGUACUUUGGACUCACCAAAUAGGCCUGUGAUCAAGAUCUAUAAAACUGCAGCGCUGUUUCAGUUUCCUCUCUAUCUUGCACAUUAGUUUUUGUGUUGCUAAAUGAGCUGGAGUGGUUAUGUUUGCAUGCUUGCUUAUGCACACAUUUAAUAAUAAACUACGCUGUAAUAUAAGCCCCUGAUGUUUUUCUCUGGGGAUGAUGGCCUUUCUAUUUGUAUUCAUUCUGAUGCUUGAAUUCUAUUUUCAAAUGGUCUUUCCACAUCUCCCUUUCAUUUCUCUGCUGCAAAAAUUUGAAAGAACAUAUUUGAAUAAAUGGCUAUGAUGGUAGAUGUCAAUCUCCAACUAUGUCAUGACUCAAAGAGACGUGUAUUUUAAUCUUCUUGGGGUAAAGCUUUCCUUGGUAAAACGCUGCCAUAACAAAUAAUACUGACCUUAAGAACUUAAGUUUCUCCGUCAUUACUAACUAAAACAAAAACACCACAAUCUUUAAUACCUGCAGUAUUGUUUUCCAUUGAUUAAAAAAACUAGUUCAGAGUAAAUACUGUAUAUUAGAAUAUGCCUGUAAAAUGAAUUAUAAAUACCAGAUGUAAAAUCUCUUGAAAAUGUCAGUAUAGUAAAUAAAAAUAAAGUUCAUGAUUAUAAAAAUGA